AGACAAUGAGGUGAUUGCUCUGUAUCAGCAUGUCGUUUAAUUGGCCCAAUUCUUGGCCAAGAUGGCCUUGCUGACUUCCCUCAAAUGGCCACAGGUCUUGGAAUGUGGUAUUGCCUGUUGCAACUGCAAAGUGCUAGCUCCUAUGUUUCAUUCAGACCAAGCCGACAACUGUAAUCGCAUCUUGUCGUGCUGUGACGUGGCCGUCAUGCCCAGCGAGUGUGAACCAGCGCCUGGGUCUGCGAGUAUGCAGUGCUUACGGUCUGCAGUUCUGGGCCUUGGUCCCUUAGUGGUAGGCAGUGUGGGCUCACGGGAAUCUGUAGGAUCAAACAAUAGAGUUGGACUUCAAACGGGUCCACCAAAUUGGGCCCACAAAGGCCUCCUACUUCAACUGCGUGGCACGAAGUACAAGGGUCUAAGCCCAGAUUAACAUGCCACGUUUCAUGUCUGCUUCUCUUUUGAGCAAAUCACUCAUGUGCUUCUCAAACGGUGAUAAUUUGUUCCAUGACUUGUCUUGCUGGAACCAUCUGAUCUUGCAUGUAAUUGUGGCCUUUGUAUCACAUUAACUCCGACUGAUUCUAUAUGCUGAAAUGGUGGAGGGUUGAUGAGGCAUUUUAAUGGGGGCCAAUGGAAUUGUUCCGAGUCUCUACCAAGGUACAAAUUACUAGGAAAAUGGUUCAUGAAAUUUAUACUCAAGGCUCAUGUGGGGGAGAGGGGGAACAUCAAUUUUUCUUGGGACAAACAAUAAUAUUGUCCUUUUGCCAUAUUGAAUCGGGCUUGCUUUAAUAAUCCUACUCGACCUUGGUACCUUAUUGUUAUAUGGUAACGUAGUUGUUUCAUGGUGACGAGCAUUUGCAAGUCAACCAGCAGAGGAUGAAGUGAAUUUAGGAUUGAUUGUUCUUGUUGACUUUAAGGAAAAAAGAAAAGAAGAAAGGAAAUGACAAGUCAGUGCGGUCGAGAUGGAUGUGUGAAUCUUACUUGUUUAAUAAGUAUAGCAUUCAUUACUUGGUAGGGUGUUUCAGGAAUUAUAUAUCGGAUAUGGAGUUCCACUUAAUGAUUGAGAAUAUCUUAAAGUAAUGAUAAGUUUUUCAUUCUUUUUAUUUUUUAAAUGGGGAAAAAGGAAUUAGUUUAGAUGAAUUAAUUUGAGGAAGGAAUAGAGCAGUGAAUUGCAAAUGCCCGCGUGAGGUAGGCGCGACCUUGGUAGAUGAAUGGAUGGGUCACGUUAGUGAGUUUAACAGGGGAUUGGACAUGGUUGUUUACCACUUCACUAUUUAGCAGCAGAAGCAAAGCAUUGGGAUAAUGCUCGAUACUACUCCCCUCAGAAACGUCCUCUCACCUCUCUUUUUCCCAUCCUUCCAACAAACAAGGUUCGGGACCCAGAAGCUUCGUCUUUCCCUUCUUCUUAAAAUCCUCCUUCGCUUCUCUCCAUCUCUUAAGUCUCAACAAAUUCAAACUCUCUCUCUCUCUGCCUCCUAUGUAAUAUAUACAAUACUCUGUUUUCUACUUUUCUGUCAAUUUGGUAUUCAUGGCUUCCUCUUUCUUAUUCCUCUUCAUGACAAUCUUUCUUACACACUAUGUUUUUUCUUGUUCAGCCAUCGUUCUGCUUCCUCUAACCCACUCUCUCUCUAAAACCCAAUUCAACAGUACCCACCUCCUCAAAUUCACCUCCGCUCGCUCAGCCACCCGCUUCCACCACCGCCACCGCCAAAUUUCUCUCCCACUCUCCCCCGGCAGUGACUACACUCUCUCAUUCAACCUCGGCUCCCAUCCACCCCAACCCAUCUCCCUCUACAUGGAUACCGGCAGCGACCUUGUCUGGUUUCCCUGUGCCCCCUUCGAGUGUAUCCUCUGCGAAGGCAAAUAUGACUCCGCCGCCACCGGCGGCCUUUCCCCUCCCAAUAUCACCUCCUCAGCGUCGGUGUCCUGCAAGUCCCCUGCUUGCUCCGCAGCUCACACGUCGCUCUCGUCGUCUGACCUCUGUGCCAUGGCUCGCUGUCCCUUGGAAUUAAUCGAGACCUCUGAUUGUUCUUCCUUUUCUUGCCCACCUUUCUACUAUGCCUACGGCGAUGGAAGCCUGGUAGCACGCCUUUAUCGCGAUAGCUUGUCAAUGCCAGCCUCGUCUCCUCUGGUUUUGCAUAAUUUCACUUUCGGCUGUGCUCACACCGCUCUCGGCGAGCCCGUCGGCGUGGCAGGGUUCGGCCGCGGCGUCCUUUCGCUACCAGCCCAACUCGCUAGUUUCUCUCCCCAUCUCGGUAACCAAUUCUCCUACUGUCUGGUUUCUCACUCGUUCGAUGCCGACCGAGUUCGCCGGCCUAGUCCGCUCAUCCUCGGGCGUUACUCCCUCGACGAUGAAAAGAAGAAACGAGUUGGACAUGACAGAGGAGAGUUCGUAUACACAGCCAUGCUUGAUAACCCGAAGCACCCAUACUUCUACUGCGUUGGACUCGAGGGAAUCACCGUCGGCAAUAGGAAAAUCCCGGUACCGGAGAUUCUAAAGAGGGUUGAUAGAAGAGGUAACGGAGGGAUGGUUGUUGACUCUGGCACCACGUUUACCAUGCUGCCGGCGGGACUGUACGAAUCGUUGGUGACAGAGUUCAAUCACCGAAUGGGCCGAGUCUACAAGCGAGCCACUCAGAUUGAGGAGCGCACCGGACUCGGUCCGUGCUAUUACUCAGACGACUCGGCUGCGAAAGUCCCUGCUGUAGCGUUGCAUUUUGUUGGAAAUUCCACUGUGAUCUUACCCAGGAAAAAUUACUACUACGAAUUCUUUGACGGUAGAGAUGGACAGAAAAAGAAAAGGAAAGUGGGCUGUUUGAUGCUUAUGAACGGUGGAGAUGAAGCGGAGUCAGGUGGACCCGCAGCGACCUUAGGGAACUAUCAGCAACAGGGUUUUGAAGUGGUUUACGAUUUGGAGAAGCACAGAGUCGGAUUCGCCAGGAGGAAGUGCGCAUUGCUAUGGGACUCCCUCCAGCAGCGUUAACGUGCACCCGCUUGGUGGGCGGGUGGGUGUGCUGCGCUCAGCCUAGGAGGUUUGACUUUUUUGGUCAGGUGUCCGGGGUUGACCGCACGUGGGGCUGUAUGUAAACGGGCCGGGUUUUUUGUUUCUUUGCACUCUGCUUUUUGCUUUAUGCACUCUGUUCAUAUUGUACAUGUCACCCACCCUAAAGAGUGCAUGAAACAAAAAUGUAGAGGGCAAACUUGUAAAUUUCCCCUCACGUCGAGAAUAAAAUAUCUUUAAAAUGUAUUAUGUAAUAGUAAAA